UAUUUACUCUUUUCUGUUUAUAGACGAACAAUUAUCGAUCAAAAAUCAAAGAAAUUUGUCUCUGAACAUUUUCAAGGAUCUGGAUUUUUCUGGAAAGACACCUCCUUUAUCAUUACAAAUUAUCACGUAGUGGAAAAUGCAACACAUGUUGAGGUAUUUAGGUACAAUCCAAUUCAAAUUAUCAAAAAAAAAAAAAUCAGAACCACAUUACUACUUGGCAAAAGUGAUAGCUAAUGAUAAAGAUUUGGACAUAGCUAUAUUAAAACCGCAAAAACUAAAAACGAUAUUCUCUAAAUUAGAUGUUAGUAAUGAAGAAAUUAACAUAAAUGAUCCAAUAUUUUCUAUUGGGAUGCAAGAGAAAAUCAUUCAUAUAAAUGGGGGAUUUAUUUACACACCAGAAAUGUUCCACAAAAAUUACAAAUACCCAGUAUUAACAACAACUGCGACAAUAUGUCCCGGUAUGUCCGGCGGACCGCUUAUUAAUAAAGAUGGUAAAAUUAUAGCGGUGAACGUUUCAACGUUAUGUUGGAGUUAUAUGAAGAAGAAAGUGAUACAAAACGCUUUCCAUGUGGGGAUACCAAUAGCCCAAGUAAACGCAUUUGUUAAUCGUCAUUUGUAA